AACAGCAGCUCGGGUAGCUGCGACGGCUUCCGCGAAAUCCGACUGUUUUCUUCAGCCGUUGAACUCAUCAAUUACAUUAAACGGCUUCUCAUUCCCGAGAUCAGACAUGGAUGACGUAGGCUACUCCACGGAUGCUUGAGCCUGAGCUAGCUAGCCGCUUGUAGUGACACCGUGAUGCGCCGCUCGAGUUUGGUAGUAGGCGGAGAUGGCGUCAUUGAAAGGGGGUUCGAGUGGUCGGUUUGAUCUUCAUGUGCAACGCCAAAACAUGGAUGCUGAGAAUGAGAAAACCGCCCUCGAGGCCUCGGUUGUUGUGAUUGAGAAAGACCUUGAGGCCCCCGGGAAGGAUGUGGUUGUUGAAUCCGAAGCUGAAAUGAAUGAGACUGAUGUUGGGGAAGCCUCUGACAAGGUUGUAGAAGCUUCCAUGGAUGUUAGUAAACCAGAGGAGGCAGUGCCCUCUGUUGUUGAGGAGAAGAAAACAGAGGAUGAUGAGACUUGUGUUGAAGGCGCAAGUCCUUCCGUAAAGGGGUUAUUACCGGGAAAGAAGAAGGUUGUUAAGACAGUGAAGAAGCUUGUCAAAAAGAAAGUUUUGAAAGGAGGCGCUUCUGCUUCUGCUUCUGCUGUGGAUCCUUCUCUUGGUGAAAGCGAUAAGGGAACAAAGAAGGUUGCUGCAGAUUCUGAAACUUCUCUUGGAGAAGAUGGUGAUAUGGAAUCUACUGAAGAACUCGCUGCGGAAUCUCCUGCUGAUGAAGAAACGGUGAAAAGCGUUGGGAAGAGAUUGCUAAAGGGGAAGAAAGUCCAAGGAGCCCUUAAAACAACAACAUUGAAGGAAGCUGGUAAAGGAACUCCUCAGAAUGGCCAAGAGAAUAACAACAACUCGUUAGCUGUAGACGAGCAAACCAAUGGCGUUGAGAAACCUAGUUCGCUGGAGGUGAACACUAGCGAACAAAAGAAUGAGGACCAAACUGGCAUGGCUGGUGGGGGCAGGAGACGCAAAAGGAGGAGAGGUGGGAAACAGGUCUCAGGCCCAAACAAGAAACAAAUGAAAGAAGAGGUCGUCGUCGCUGCUGCUACUGAUGCGACACAGAAAGGUAUAGAAGAGGAGGGGAAAAAGCAGGUGGAUGAUGACCUUGAGAAAGAUGGACAGGGGAAUGUAAAGCAUGCUGGUUUGAUCUUCAUGUGCAACGCCAAAACUAGGCCCGAUUGUUUUCGGUUCAGUGUGAUGGGCGUACAAGAGAAGAGGAAGGACUAUGUGAUGAGUAUCAAGCCCGGGGUUAAGCUUUUUCUUUAUGACUAUGAUCUCAAACUCCUCUAUGGAGUUUUCCAAGCUUCCUCUGCGGGUGGGAUGAAACUUGAGCGCAAUGCUUUUGGUGGAUCCUUUCCCGCUCAGGUGCGGUUCAAGGUGGUUAGUGAUUGUAUACCGUUGCCUGAGAGCGAAUUCAAGAAAGCAAUCAAGGAGAACUACAACAACAGAAACAAGUUCAAAACAGAACUUACGCGUAAACAGGUAUUCAAGCUGACAAAGCUUUUCCGACCAGCUGCUCUCCCUGCUCAAUUGACUCACACUCUGCCAGCCCCUGUUCCUCGUCCUGCUGAGAGGAAAAGAUCUGACAAUGACCGCUAUGCUCCUGGCAGCAGCAGAAGUCAUGGAAGGAGUCGCAAUGCUGCACCUCCUCCACGCAGAGAAGAGCCACCACGCAGAGAAGAACCACCCCGUGAUCUAUACCUCACUGAAAGCGAGUACCGAACAUACGGCUUGAGAAGAGCAGAACCAGCUCAGCAUUAUCCAGUACUGCCACCUGAUUCUUCUUACCGUCUGGACUCGUACCGUCCAUCUGCGGUGGAUCAUGAGCGGCUUUUGAGACAAGCAGAGAUUGAGAGGCAUCAUGACCGUAGAGAAGUUCUUUUGCCUGAGAGAAGCUACCACCCGUCGUAUGAUCACGUCCUAAGCUCUAGGCGCCUGGCACCAGAGCCACCAUUGGAGUCUUACAUGAGAGACCCGUAUCACAGAGUUGAGUACCGUAGUCCCGAAAGACUACAUAGGACGACAUACCUGCCUUGUUCGGGAAGAGAAGACGAUGACUUGUAUUCACGAUAUGUUACACCGGACUCAUUGGCUGAGUACUACCGAUCAUCGUCAUCUCGCAGAUACCCCCCAAGCAUUGCUGAAUCUGAGUUUCUUCCGCCUUCAUCAAUAACAUCACGGUAUGCUUACUCAGGGUCUUUACCCUAUUCUCACCGCUGAUUUUUACUCAAGCUCUCCUUUUGAAUGUAUUUGCUGUUUAAUGUAUGUUUGGAUUUGGACAUGCUUUCGUUGGUUCACCCAAACUUGGAUUGUACUUUAGUUUUUAUUUAUUUGUCGUUGUACCAAUCGCCCUCGGCAGAUAACUUUUUUUAUCCUCGAAUAAAUGUUUUCAUAUA